CGUUGCGCGUAGUUUGGCGCCGAUUUCGACGCACGAUCGAGUGACGAACCCGCAACUUUCCCAUACAAGAAGCUUGCUUUUCCGACCGGCCAAAAACGAUUGAACGAUUGGUGGUGCGACAGGAGGAUGAACACUGGCUCACCGAGGUGAUACUGUUUAUUCCUGAAAAACGGAUGCUGGCAAAGAUGCAGACUUCCACGGAGCAAAGCAUGUUGAACGACAAGAACCAGGAGAAGCAGGAUCUGACGCCGACACAGCUCAACCUGGCAACGGCCAUGCUGCAGGAGAACUUCCUGCAAAGGUCCAUACAGAAUGUCGCGCUGUCCCUGCAGAACGCGAUGAUGAACUCGCUGCAGCAGGCGGCACUUUUGCCAAUCAACAGUGCCGCAGCUGUGGCCCUAAACUUCCAGGCGUUGGAGUCCUAUUUGACGUUGCAAAGGCUGUCGUCCGUUAGUGCGAAUGUCAACAACAACGCCGGCAAAAUAGACAUACUGAAAAUCGCGGCGAACACCGCCAAGAUCUCCGAGGACACCAGCAACGAGGAAAACAACACCAGCCUCACGGAGGACGUGGACCUGGCGGAAAAGAUCGAGGAAAACCUGGCGCUUUUGGACAACGAGGAAAGCCUGAACAGCUUCCCGUUAUCCUCGUCGCCGGUGGACACGUCCUAUCCCAGCCUCAUCAUGAACUCCAUGUACCAGUCCUCGUCCUCCUCGGUGACGUCCUCGACGACCACACCGGCGGCGUCGAUCGCCAGUCGGCAGAAAGGCGUGGCCAGGCCCAAAAAACAAUUCAUCUGCAAAUUUUGUAAUAGACAGUUCACGAAAAGUUACAACCUGUUGAUUCACGAGAGGACACACACCGACGAGCGGCCGUAUUCCUGUGAUAUUUGUGGCAAGGCUUUCCGGAGGCAGGACCACUUGAGGGAUCACAGAUACAUCCACAGUAAGGAGAAACCGUUCAAAUGUGGCGAAUGCGGAAAAGGAUUUUGCCAGUCGAGGACACUGGCCGUUCAUAAGAUCCUGCACAUGGACGAAUCUCCGCACAAAUGUCCGGUAUGCAGCAGAUCCUUCAACCAGCGCUCGAAUCUCAAGACUCACCUACUCACCCACACGGACAUUAAACCGUACAAUUGUUCGGCCUGCGGCAAAGUCUUCCGUAGGAAUUGUGAUCUCCGACGUCAUAGUCUCACGCAUAAUUUAGGCACUAGCAGUAGUACUAGCGGGGGCGGUGGCCUAAGUACGUCCCUGCCCAAUCAGAAUUUUAGUAUAGACUCGAUUAUAAGCAAAAGUGCUGGCAGCAGUGGCGGCAAAUAGAUCUGAACUUUGUUGAUUGUUUUUAUUUUUUUUCUUUUUGUUGAGAUGUGAAGUUUAUUAUUUGUAAAGUCUUUGCAAAGGUUUUAGGCAAUUGUUGUGGAUGGAUAUACAUAUUAGUGAUCUCUUGUCUAAGGGGUUUGUGAAGAUUGGUGACUUUAUUUUGUAAAGUAAUUAAGUUUAUGGAUUGUAUAUAGAUUUUUUGUAAAUUGGCCCAUUUUGUAUACAUGUCAUAAUAAAAUAUAUUUUUGAUUA